AUGAAGCAAUUGCCAGAAAGUGAAUUAAAAAAGCUACAUGAUUCUCCUAUUGAUAUUUAUGAUCCUCUCUGGUAUGAGAAUACUAGCACCCCAUUGAAUGAAGCAUGUUGGAGAGGAUCAAAAGAUGAAGUACAACGAUUGAUUGAUAAGACUGGCCUUCAGGAAAGAGGUAGAAAUGGAUGGAGUCCACCAUUAGCUGCUUCAUAUGGGGGCCACAUUGAUGUCCUCUGUCUCCUCAUUGAUGUUUAUCAUUGCGAUCCUUCACAAGGUGAUGAUGAUAGUGUUAUUAGUUUACACAUGGCCUCAUAUAGAGGCCAUCUCAAUAUUGUGCAGCAUCUAGUUAAUGAAUGUCACGUUGAUCCAGACAUAGCAGAUAGCUCUGGCAACACAGGAUUGCUUUACUCAGCACUGGGUGGUCAUGUUGACCUCGUGAUUAUGUUUUUAAAGAAAAAGUGUAAUGUGUCUCAGGUCAACAGAGAAGGAUCCACUUUAUCAUUAUUAGCAUGUAAGAGUGGACAGGUAGCAUUAGUUUAUGAGCUUAAGCAGUUUGGUAUUUUUUUAGAAGAUGACAUAGAUUUUAAAGGAUGUGGAAUAGUACAUUAUUGUGCUAUGAAUGAUAAAGUAGAGCUUCUAGAGUAUCUUUAUGAUAAUUAUAAAAGUGAAUUAUUUCAAAAAAGAAAUCGUUUUGGUGCAACUCCACUCCACAUAGCAUGCCAGUAUGCUUCAUCAGGUUUCAUUAUGAACAUGGUUAAUAUUUUUGGAUAUAAAGUAUUACUAGAAGCUGAUUAUAGUGGUCGCUCUUCUCUUCAUUACUUAUGCAGUGGAUUAGUUGAUAAAUACUGCAUUACAGAAGUGUAUAAUAAACUCACUGCACCAUGUGAUAUACCUUUACUAAUGCAAAUGCCUACAUUUAAUGUCUAUUACAAAGAAGACUGGCUUAAAUACAUAUCAUUAAAUAUAAAUGUUACUAAACAACAUAAAAGAGUGAGCCUUUUGUCCACACUCCUCAAGAAGACAAGUAUUAUUGAUAAUUUUAAUAUAAAUUCUGUUACUGCUACUGGUCGAUCUAUGGUUCAUUUAGCAUGUACUAGUGGUAGUAUAGUAUUAGUGAAAGUAUUAGAGGAGUAUGGUAUUAAUACAAGUUCAUUAGAUUAUGAAGGUCGGUCUGCCUUACAUUAUGCAGUUAUACUAACACCUCUUCAUUAUUCAUGUCAUCAUGGUAACGUUGAUCUCACUCAAUAUCUCAUAGAAGUACAAGACAGUGACAUUAACAUAACAGAUAAUAAGAAAUGGAAUGCAUUGACUCAUAGUGCUGAGAGUGGUAACAUGAAGCUGGUCAAAUACUUCAUUAAUAAUUAUCAGUUGCCUCUCACAUCAUUGGAAUUACUUCAAGCAGUGGCUAGUACUAAACUAUCAUUAAUUAAAUUAUUAGUUAUUGAAUAUAAACUAGAUCCUCAAGUUAAAGAUGGUGACGGUAUGCAAUUAGUUCAUUUUGCAGCUGAAGUUGGUGCUAUCGAUGUCUUACAGUAUUUAGUAAAAGAGUGUGGAUGUGAUUUGGAUAGAGUAGGUGGAACAAGCAAGAGUAAUGUGUUUCAUUAUUCUACAGCUAAUGGCCAUUUUUUAUUUAUUAAAUUUAUUAUUAAUAAUUAUCCACAGUAUACUAGUCUGAUGCAUUCUACUAAUGAUAAUGAUGCUCUACCAAUUCAUUUAGCCUGUGUAAGUGGUGUAUUACAACUAGUGACAUUUCUAAUUGAUGUAAUGAAAUGUGGUGAUGUCACUACUGAAGAUAAGAGGGGGUUAACUUGUGUCACAAGGGCAUGUGCCUCUGGUAAUUUUGUUUCUUUUAAAUUAUUAAUAAAACAAUACAACCUUAAUCCUAGAAUCUUUAGCAGAACAUCAUCACCAGCAGCUGCAGUGUUGUAUGGACAUGUUCAUAUACUAGAAUGGCUCAAACAAGAGUAUCUUAUUGAUGUAGUCUCAUUUAAGAAUGGUUUAUUACCUUAUCAUGCUGCACAGCAAAACAAAUUGUAUUGUUUAGAGCAUUUAUUAAACAAUUAUUUCUUUGAUAUUAAUGCCACCUAUUCCUAUGAUGAUACUCAAUCUACGCUCAUUCACAAAGCAUGUCAAAAAGGACAUGUUGCUAUAGUUCUUUACCUCACUAGUCUUCCUCAGUGUGACGAAGGAUUGCUUCAUGGAGCUGCUGAGAGUGGUAAUAAGGAUCUAAUCCAAUUCCUAGUGGAAUCACACGGUCUUGAUCCAGAGUCAGAAGAUAAAGAUGGAGUGACAUGUCUACACAUACUAGCAAAGCAAGGAGAUGAAGAGAUAUACGAGCAUCUUGUACCUCAUGUUUGGAAUAAUCCAACUCCUAAGGAUAAAGCUGGUCGAUCUCCACUUCAUUAUGCUGGCAGACAUUAUGAGAUGUCAGUGUAUCUGAUUCAAUCUUUUAAUAUUCAUCCUGAAGACAAAGACAUUAAUGGAUUCACUGGUGUUCAUGCUGCCUGUCAAGCUGGUAACAUUCAACUUGUAUCACAUUACUUAACUAAUUUAAAAUGUGACAAGAAUAUUCUAACAAACAGCUCCAAAGGAUUAUUAUAUUUUGCUUGUAGAAGUGGUAACUUGGAGUUGGUUCAUAUUUUAAUAGAUAAAUUUGAUUUGGUUCCUGUUCAAGAAGAUAUUGAUGGUGCUAGGUCAGUCAAUGCUGAAUCUAUUGUUAAAUUUCUUGAGGCUAGAAUUAGUUUAUCAAAAUUAGUUCAUGAAUUUGUCAAAGAGGCAGAGAAAAGACAGCUAGUACCAACAGCUACUAAACCUCAUCCUUCAUUUUUAUCUUCUUAA